AUCAUGGCGUGAAGAAAGGCAGCAAGGUGCUCGCUCGACGCUUCAAAAGACAAUUUGAAUAAUACAACUUGUUAGAAGUGUUAUACUUGUUAUCAGAAACUCAGUAAAUAUGGCGUCACAGAUAUGGAAAAGAAAACCUCAGUACAUGGUGGUCGGAGAGCGAGCUAGCGACGAUCUUCACGCGACAUGGGCAGGGCCGAUCAACACUCAAAUGUAUGGGGACGGUUUGCAAAACUUGUGUCGGAAAACAGAGAACAAUAUAAUGCGGAUAAAAUCUUCCAUGACAAGAGUGGACCCUUGUAUAGAAUACGGGAUUCCACACUGGCAUCUAGACAGCAGACCGGCUUCAGCUCAAGCACAUCCAGUGACUGCACCUGACAAGGAGAAAGUGUCCUGGCAUGAUCCAGGGGUGAUGUUUGCCUCGUUUGGCUCCAUGCAGUCUCUGGCUUCUCAGUCAACGUGCAGCCUGGCCAGCGAGAAUGUCACAGUAGCCUCCAACACAGUUCCACAUAAUUUCUGCUACCUGUGUUCUACAUUGGAGGAACAUCAAAGACACCUACUUAAUUCUAGGCCGGUCAAAAGAUCUAUGAAGCCACGAAAACCGAGGAUCAACUAUGUUGCUCCUCCGCCACGAGUCAAGGUGAAGGUCGAAGAGCCAACGGCAGUUGCAGAGAUUUUAUACCGCAUUGUCGUGGUGACAGGAGUGAAGGGAAAUGCAGGAACUAGUGCAAAUGUUCACAUAAGUUUACAUGGAAGUGAAGAUACAGCACGUACACAGCUGAAGAAAGGUCGAGGGUCGUCCAUGUUUUGUUUUAUGAGGGGCACCACGGAAACAUUUUUCUACAAAGGUCCACGCGUAGGAAAUCUCACCUACAUCACGAUAGAGCAUGACGGCCUGGAGAAGAAGCAUGCAUGGUACCUGGAACAUAUAGUGAUCACUAACAUGUUGACUGACCAGUCGUGGAUGUUUGUGUGCAACAACUGGCUGUCGCUACACCACUCCGACUUUCGGAUCAAGCGAGACAUUGAGGCUGCACUCAAGGAGAAGGUAGAACGAGAACUGGAGGUCACUGUGAUAACUGGGCACAAGAAGUUGGCAGGGACAGAUGCGCGUGUGUAUUUGACGCUUUACGGCAAGUCCGGGAUGAGUCCCAAGUUGCACCUCCCCGAUGACAAAAACAAAAAACGCUUUGAGCGGAACAGUGAAGACAAGUUCAAGUUCAAGGUCAAAGAUAUUGGCGAAAUUAAAAGAAUCAGAAUUGAGCAUGAUGGGUCAGGCUUGGCGGCUGGAUGGAACCUAAAUAAGGUGAUCAUACAAGAUAUCCAAGACCCGAGUUCCUCCUCUCACUUCAACUAUGGUGGCUGGAUAGCGAGUGACGUUGGUGAUGGCAAACUGUGGCGGGAACUUCGUGCGCAGACAAAACAAGACAAGGAGAUCCUUAAAGGCAGAGCAGUCAGUAGAGGUAAAAACAUUCGGUACCAUGUGACUGUUAAGACCGGAGAUGUCAAGUAUGCCGGCACGGAUGCCAAUGUCUUCAUUCAGUUUGUUGGGCAAAAGGGCACCACACGGAAAAUACAGAUGGAUGAUGCGAAGGACAACUUUGAGAGGGGAAUGGUGGAAGAGUUUGAUCUGCGAGGUAUCGAUGUUGGUCCACUGACCCGGAUUGUCGUGAGUCAUGAUAACACCGGAGCUGGGGCGGGAUGGUUCCUUGAGGAUGUGACUGUGAAGAGAUAUUUGACAAAGGAAGAGAAAAUAGAACGGCUCAAACGAAUGAAGAAGUUCCACAAAGACAGCCCUGAGCGACGGAGGAAGAGGUAUGCAGAGCGGUUGAACAAAGAAGACAGAAAUAAAACGGACAACAGCACCGAUAGCUCAGAAUCCGAAUCUGACACUUCAGUUGAGGAGAAGAAUUCCAAGAAAAGAGACAAGUCCCGAGCCAAAGACUACGCAGAUGAAGUGUUCAAUCGGGAUGGCAAGAUACUGAGGAUUCCAGAGUAUGAAAGAUAUUACUUUGUGUGUCGUAAAUGGCUAGCCAAAGAUGAAGCUGAUGGAUUGACCAGUAGAGAGAUGACGGUUGACCACAAAGAGACAGUGUUUAAAGAAUGUGAUGAAUAGAACAGUGUUCACUUCUAUACAUUUGUAGCUGUUUGCACUUCUUGUAGAAGCCUCCUGCCAUCUGUCAGAAGUAAGUCAGCAAAUCAAAAUCUUUUAAGCUUGUGUAUAUGGAUUAUUUAUGUUAUAAGGUUGCUGUAAGAAGUUGGUUAGAUCUUUCAUCAUUGAGAACAAAGCACCAUGGUGCAGAUGUUGAUACAAAUAGUUAUUGUUUUGUGUGUAAAUUGAUUUACACUAUAUUAUGAAAGCUGUUUCACUGUCGGAUCUAGAGGGGUGGGAUGAAGA